AGUGAAAUAUGAAAUAUGAAAUAUGUGUUGGGUGUUCCAAUAGCUAGAGUUGUUAGUAGAGUUGAACGACAGUAAAAGCCUGGUCUCACUCUAAACUCUUUAAUAAGAGAAGAGAAGUUGGUCCAGAAAAAACGCAAACCGCUAUGCCACUGUGAGUAAGCAAAAGAAAAGAAAAGAAAAGAAUCGUCAUGCAACCUUGUAGCAGAGAAAUGCAAAGCCUCAACUCCCUCUUCAACAAUCAGCAGCAGAUCCAAAUGGACCCUGCUACUUCUCAAGAAGACGAUUUCAUCAAGCAGAUGCUUUCUACUAUCCCUCCUCCACCACCUCCUUCAUGGAACCUUGACCAUACUCCUCCUAACCCUAAGCCUUACUGGCUUGACAACGACAAUGUCGCUUUCCCUAACUACGACGACCCUUCCACUCUCGCUUCCAAGUUCCGUAACCACCAGAUCACCGCUACUUCCUCCUCCAAGGCCGCCGCCGCCGCUCUCUUGCUCCAACAGCAGCUUCUCAUGACCAGAGGCCUCUCCGGUGCUGAUUCCGCCAUCCUUCACCACAUGUUUGACUCUUCCCAAAACGACGUCGUCGACGCCUCCUCCUCCUCCUUCAAAUCUCCCAAUCCAAGCUCCGCCGACGGUUCCGUUCAAGCUCUGUACGACGGUUUCACCGGAUCUCUCCAGGGCGCUGCUCUAGCAUCCAAUCAGACUCACCAUUUUCAGCAUCCACAGGUUCAGACAAGUUCAAAUCCGAAUCAGAUGCAGGGGCAGGGGCAGGGAACGAGCCAAGGUGGGAACCCGAACCCGAACCCGGGUCAGCCGAAACAGAGGGUUAGGGCGAGGAGAGGUCAAGCCACGGACCCACACAGCAUCGCUGAGAGGUUGCGAAGGGAAAGGAUCGCGGAGAGAAUGAAGGCCUUGCAGGAAUUGGUUCCCAACGCCAACAAGACAGACAAGGCCUCCAUGCUAGAUGAGAUCAUCGACUAUGUGAAAUUCCUACAGCUCCAAGUCAAGGUUCUUAGCAUGAGCAGAUUGGGAGGUGCAGCUGCUGUUGCUCCGCUUGUUGCUGAUAUAAACUCCGAGGGAGGCGGUGACUGCGUCCAAACCAACGGCAACCAAACGGCAGGGGCUUCAUCCUCCAACGACAGCCUCACCAUGACGGAGCAACAGGUGGCUAAGCUCAUGGAGGAGGACAUGGGUUCCGCCAUGCAGUACCUCCAGGGUAAGGGCCUCUGCCUCAUGCCAAUCUCCCUAGCCACCGCCAUUUCCACCGCCACUGCCACGUGUCACCCCAGGAACCCCAUCAUGAACCCCACUGAUGGACCUUCCUCUCCCGGCAUGUCUGUCCUCACGGUGCAGUCUGCUAACGGCGACGCCGUCAAGGACGCCACCUCCGUUUCCAAGCCCUAAUGACGCCGCUUAGCUGACUUUGUUUUCUUCCGACACAAAACGACAAGAAUUUUCUGA